AUGGCUCACACUAUGGAGGCCAUAACAGUUGCCAUAAGGCAGAGUCUAGAUGUGGUCCAACAGAAGAAGAGUGAACCCCCUCAGUUCUUUGGAAUUGAUGGACCAAAUGCAGCUGAGCUCUGGAUCCGAGAGGUGGAAAAGAUAUUUAUUACUAUGGGGUGUGUUGAGGAUAGAAAGGUUGUUUAUGCCGCGUAUAUGCUGAUAGGAGAUGCGGAGAUGUGGUGGCAGGGAGCCUGUACUAUGUUAGAUGCUCAAGGAGAGAGAUUCUUCAAUGGGCUAAGAACGGAUAUUAAGAGAACUAUGAUUCCUUUGAGGAUUACAGAAUUUGUCAAUUUGGUGUAUCAAGCCACCAUCAUUGAGAGCCUCAAUUUAGAGGACGUUGGGGGACCUAAGGGAGCGACGUUGUCAGCCCCUAGACUAGUGGGAACGGCCACCUCCAUUCUUCAGCCUAGGGGAGCAAGUGCACCAUCUUUUAGAGCUCUAGCCCCUACAACAGUGAGAUGUUUCAGGUGUGGAGGACCACAUUAUCUGAAUCAAUGCCAACAGGUAGCUAAGGAUUGCCCUACUUCUCGAAGUAGAGCAGCAUCGUCCAUAGCUAGAGCUUUACAUGCCGUGAGACCCAGAACAGUUAGGGCUCCACAGAUGAUUAGGCCUAGAUCUAAGGCCUGUGUGUUUACCACUUCUGGGACAGAUGCUGCUCAAGCUACAGAUCUUGUUCAGGGGACAGGAAUGGUGGUCGGUACAUCCCUUUCCGUGCUUUUUUAUUCUGGAGCCACACACUCCUUCAUUGCGGAUGUCUAUGUGAAAAACCUAGGAUUGCCUGUAAGUGAUUUGAGAUGUAAUUUGGUGGUGGCGACACUCACUUUGAAUUUGGUAACAACUUCGACAGCUUGUAUUGGAUGCCCUAUAGUAGUUGAGGGACGGGAGUAUAGGGUUAAUCUUAUUAAUAUCCCUAUGUCGGGCUUAGAUGUAAUAUUGGACAUGGAUUGGCUAACUACCAAUCAUGUUGUAAUCGAUUGUGCCCAACAACGUUUAAUUUUUCCUGAGCCGCAAGAGUUACCAGAAAUGAUUCCUAUAACCCAAGUGGAGGCAACUCUUGGUAAAAGGGCUUCAUGCUUUGUUCUUUUAGUUGUCAUGGAUAUAGAGAGGGAGCAGGAACUUCAGUCAAUACCGGUUGUGCGGGAUUUUUCUGAAAUCUUUCCUGAUGAUGUUCCUGGAAUACCUCCAUCCAAGGAGAUAGAGUUUGGUAUAGACUUAAUUCUUGGGGCUGAGCCAGUAUCUAUAGCACUUUACAGGAUAGCACCAAAGAGCUGA